AUGGCAGACAGAGCUACUGUAGGCAGUUACGAAAUUACCGCCGUUAUAGACAUGGUGCCACCCCCACGACCCACUUCAGCGAUGUUCCCGGACGUUCCGGAAGGCGCGUGGGCGGAUUACCAGGACGUGCUUGAAGACGGGCAGUUGCAACUUUACUACGGCGUAUUCGUAGUGCGGUCCGAUAACCACACCGUGCUGGUGGACACGGGCAUGGGCCCCGGCCCACACCCCAGCCGAGGCAACAUUGUCGGCAACCUUUACGAAGAACUGCGGCCCGUCAUGCUGCCUCCCAACGUGGACAUUCACAACACCAAUGUAUCUCCGUCUGACCAGGUUAACUUCGUCAUCCACACCCAUCUCCACGCCGACCACGUGGGCUGGAACCUGCGUUACUCCGGCGGCAUGCCGGCUCCUAACUUCCGCCGGGCUCGUUACAUCAUCCCCAAGGAUGACUAUGACUAUUACACCCAGCCGGAAAUCCUGGAGCAGAACCCCCACGUGCAGCAGCAGAUAAUGCCGCUGCGCCGCCUGCGCCUGCAACAGAUCGUGGAGGGCGAGUACGAGGUCACCGACGGCAUAUCCACCAUGCCGGCCGUGGGGCACACCCCCGGACACCAGGUGGUGCUGGUCAAUUCCGGAGGCGAGAAGGCCAUGCUGGUGGGCGACCUUCUGCACUGUAUUGCCCAGGUAACCGAGCCAAGCUGGUGCGCAUCCGUUGACUAUGACAAGGCCGCCAGCCAUGCCAACCGCGCAGCGCUGCUGGACAAAGCGGAGAGCGAGGGCUGGCUGAUAGCCGCCGGCCACUUCCCGCCGGGCAAGCAGAUCGGCAGGGUGGUCACCGAAGGUGGCAAGCGCCGCUGGCAGUCGCUUUAA